AAACUAUAGUAUUAACUGAUUGAGUGAUUGAAUGAACAUUUAGUAUAAAUUUAUAGAAUAAUUGAUUACAUUAUUAGUUAAGAAUCGAUUGGUUUAUCAUUUGAUUUGAUUGACAACUGUUUGAGUGAUGACUUCGUAUCCAACUCUUGAAAUGAUACCACAGUUGAGUGGCGGUAGUCUUGAGAGGAUUAUCACUAAUAAUUGUUUGAAUGAACGACCCAUUGUUCAAAUAAUGGCCACAAGAGUGGUGCCGAGCGGAUCCAUUCGUUGCAAUCUAUGGGAUGGCAUUAAGUUGAUUAAGACGGCUGUCAUCAAACAAAGUCAAGAAAAUAGUGAUAAAUAUAAAGACAAUCACUUCAACAGAUAUUCUGUGGUUCGUCUUAACAAUUAUUCGGUCAUUACUGUCAACGAAAGUGAUGUUCAGGUGCUUAUCAUUGCAGAGUUGGACACUAUUGUCAAAGGUUGUCAUCUAAAUAAAAAACUUGAGAUCAAUUGCGAUGCGAUUAACACUACAAAAGAUACAAUUGAAGGAGUGAUUCAAACUAAUGACAGACCAAUGAAUCCAGUGAUUGAUAUGAGUGUCAGCAAUGGUUUUACUGAAACAAAUGCAAACUACAGACCGAGAACACUGACCAACACUUGCAAUGAUACUAAUAGUACGAUAAAAGUGGUUUCAAUUGAUAAGUCGAAAGUAUGUCCAAUCAAUGCAAUCACUCCAUUCUUUAACAAUUUUGUGAUAAGAGUGAGGAUAUCAUCUAAGACUCCGAUUCGCAAAUAUAAAGGAAAAGACGGUAGAGAUGGCAAACUAUUUUCAUUUGACGCGACCGACGACUCAUCGGAAAUACGAAUCACUGCUUUCAAUGUUGAAUGCGAUAAAUAUUACGAUAUGAUUGAAAAAGAUUUAAUUUAUUUGAUUUAUAGAGGAAAUGUCAAAUCAGCGAAUAAAAAGUUUUCUAAUCUUAAGUCAGAUUAUGAAAUAACAUUAAAUUCUGAUUCAGUUAUAGAAGUUUGUGAAGAAUUGUUUGAUACCAUUCCUUUGCGCUUUAAUUUUAUACCAAUUGGUCAACUCGUGACACUAAAUAUUGGCGCAUCUGUUGAUAUCAUUGGUAUUAUUAGAUCUAUUGAUGACAUUCAAACCAUUACAUCAAAGAAGAACACCAAAGAAUAUAAGAAACGAGACGUAUGUUUGGUCGAUAAAACACUGUCUGAAGUUAGACUAACUCUUUGGGAGAAAGAGGCCGAAGAAUUGUCAGCAAUUGUUGGUCAAGUAUUAGCCGUAAAGAAUGCUGUGAUCGGAGAAUUUCGAGGAAAGACAUUAAGUUGUGUACAAAAUUCAGUCAUUGAAUUAGAUCCCGACAUAAACGAAGCCCACAUUCUGUUGGGUUGGUAUGACAACAUAGGAGGCGUUAUAAAUGUUACGCCAUUGAGUAAAGUCAAAGAAGACAUCACUUCAAAAAGUGAUAUCAAAUAUUUAUGUCAAAUUAAUGAGACGUCGAUAUCAAACACCUCUGUUUUAUACUACAAUUGUAAGGCAACUAUAUUAACAACAAAUCGUUGGGAUAAACACUUGUAUAAGUCUUGUGGACUCAAUGGCUGCUUAAAGAAAGUUAGGGAAGAGAAUAAUUUCUAUUAUUGUGAUAAAUGUGGUAAUAAUUCAUCACAAUUUCAAUGGCGUCUAAUGAUAUCUUUGUGUUGUUUUGACUGCACCGGCGAACUCUGGAUUACUGUUUUCCAAGAAGUGGCCGAAAAGAUUAUCGGCAAAUCUAUUACAGAAUUAAGUGCUGUAUUCGAGUCGGAUCCAAAUCAAUAUCAAUUAGCAAUAUCUUCAUUAAAUUUCAAGACAUUUAUCUUUAGAAUUGGUUCUAAAGUUGAGGAAUAUAAUCAAGAAAAACGAGUUAAGUCGACUUGUAUUUCGGUUAAACCUAUAGAUCCGAUUAAUCAAUCCAAACAAUUGAUACAAAAUAUCACAUUAAUGAAUAAUCAAACGGAUCAUUAA